AUGGGCGGACUAAUACCCCUUCUCCUCCCUUCAUCGGGCGGCAGCAGGUCGAGCGUCAUUGUCCAGCCGACUGAGACGAAACGACCAGCUUCAGUCAUGGCUGCCCACAGCCCUAUGACUCCAAGUCACCGCCGGCAGCAGUCACUGCCGUUAGCUAAAUCGAUCACGCGCCUCUCAUUGACACCAAUUCCACUUCCAGUACUGCCCUACACGCCUACGGAGUGGAAGAAGACCAUCAGCGAGGUGAAGCGCAAAUAUGUCAACCGCAAAUACCGGACAUGCUCAGCAAGAUGUUGUGAGGUCUUGGACAAUCUGAGGGAGACAUCCAACGUGGAGACGAUCUAUCUUGUCUACCUCCACUUCUAUGCGGCGUCAUCCUUUGAAAUGUGCGCCCGGCCGCUUUCACAGUCUUCAUCCUACCGGACCAAGCUGUUGAGGGACGCAAGAGACCACUAUGAUCGCGCCGCGGCUUUCAUACAGAGGGCUGAGGACGCGACGGUACAAAAGACGAGGUCGGGCUCAGCCAGUUCAACGAGCUCAAGUCUGCAUUCACCCUCGUUAUCAAUCAGCUCGCGAUCCUCCGUCUGUACGGCGCUGUCCUCGCCGCGCAACUCGGUAUCUUCAGUUGAAGACAUGAAAGUAAAAGCUUUACCGAAGAGGCCUAAGAAGAAGAAGGUCUCUUUCUCCGGCUUACCGGAACCCAUCGAAAUACCCAAGAAUAGCUGGCAAUCUGAGCCGUACAUUCGACCAGACAGCCCAACCCUGGGUUGGGAGGAGGACCAAUAUCUUUUUGGGCAACGUGAAUAUGCGUCUGAAACUGUGCUGCCGCAGUCGUGUCUUGUUCAACCAACGUCAAAAUCGGCGGACAAGACUUUCCCCGUACGAUCAAUUUCAACCGAGGCACAGCUACCAUCACCACCAAUCCUGAAGCCUGUGCCGGAAGAGGAGGGACAGGACGAGUCGUUUAAUCUGGAGUCAUUCCUGCAAACUCGAUCGGCAAACCGACUGGUUUCUCAGCUCGCGGCCCUCCGUUCACAGGUGGCCUGGCACCGCGACGCCGUCGACACACUGUUGACUCAACCCGACGACAUCCCCGAGAUCCCCGAGACCCCCGUCGUUCCCGAGAUGCCUUCGAUUCCACCGCCUCCACCCGGCAUGACUUCUACCCUCGGUGGCGCUCAAGCCCAACGCCUGAACGACUCUCUUGGCAGGGUGUCAAAUUUUGACGUCUCCCCAGCAGCCAAGGACCUUACGCAGUCGCACGAGUCUUGGGUUCGUACUCGGAGCGACAGCGUGGCCUCGAUCGCCUCGUCGCUGUCGUACCGUCCGUCGAGCGCCGCGUCCUCCACUCGCAGCGGCGGUGCGGACGAGGCACUGCAGAAACGCAUCGAGCGGCUCCGGGCCAACGGGUGGCAGCGGAAGCGGUUCGACAACAGGCGCUACGAGGUGCUGCGGGAACAAGCCCUGAGCGAGAUCGGUGCCUAG